CUUCCGCUUGCUUUUUGUUUCCGGUCUGAGGUUACUUCUAGAAUCUAGAAGCUCUAGUACAACUAUAUUGCAUAACGCACUUUACUACUUAAAGAUGGCACAGUAUAAAGGGGCAGCAUCAGAAGGAGGUCGAGCAGCAAAUCUUAUUAAGAAGCGACAAAAAGAACUUGAAGAGAUCGAAGCUAAAAAGAGAAAAAUUGAAGAGGAGAUGAAGAUAGGCAGUAUUACAAAUAAAUUUGCAGCCCACUAUGACGCUAUAGAACAAAGUUUAAAAUCAAGCACAAUUGGUCUUGUCACAUUGGAUGAAAUGAAAGCAAAACAAGAACACGUUGUGAAAGAACGAGAAAAACAGCUUGCUCAUAAAAAGGCAGAAGGAAAGAGCAAAGAAAAACAACAGGAAGAUAAGAAAAAAAAGGAUCAGAAAAAGAUAAAUAUGCUUUCCUUUGAUCUUGAAGAAGAUUGUGAAGAAGGAAAAAAUAAAGAAGAACAUGAAAGGGAAGAAGCCAAAAAAAUUAAAAAGCAGAAGAAAAAAAGAUUUGGAAUGAAUCCAGAAGUAGACACAAGUUUUCUGCCAGAUAGAGAUCGAGAUGAGGAAGAAAAUAAAUUAAGGGAACAACUUCGGCAGGAUUGGGAAGAAAAGCAAGAGAAAGUAAAAGCAGAGGAGAUAAACAUCACCUACAGCUACUGGGAUGGUUCUGGUCAUCGUCGUCAGUUGCGUCUAAAGAAGGGCAACACCAUCCAGCAGUUCUUGCAUCGAGCCUUGGAGUCCCUGAGGAAGGAGUUCAAUGACCUCAAGCCUGUGGGUGUUGACCAGCUGAUGUAUGUGAAAGAGGACCUUAUCAUCCCCCACCACUAUUCUUUCUAUGACUUUAUUGUCACGAAGGCCCGUGGUAAAUCUGGACCUCUCUUUAGUUUUGACGUUUAUGAUGACAUUCGAAUGACCAACGAUGCAAAAAUAGAGAAAGACGAGUCACAUGCAGGCAAGGUGUGUUUAAGGAGCUGGUAUGAGAGGAACAAACACAUCUUCCCAGCCAGCCGCUGGGAGCCAUAUGAUCCAGAGAAAAAGUGGGACAAUUACACAAUUUCUGAUAAGAAUGCUGCCAAGAUAACAGUGAAAUAGGCGGGCACAUCUUGUUUAUGAGCUUGCAGACACUUUUCUGGGUUGUUAAUAUUGAAGAAUAGCAUCUUGAAAUAACUGUAAUUUAGUGGAUAAAGGAGGUUGAAAAGCUUUGGGGUGUUGUAGGAUACUGACCUGCUUUAAUCACAGUCAUGAUAGGUGGAAGAUAUGUGGGAGAAAUUUAUACAGGCGGUCCUGGGGUUCAGUCAGUCUCGAGUUACGAUGUUUUGUGGUUACGACACAUUUCCCAUUUACUGUAUUUCGACUUAUUUCUGUGCACGGCGGAAGAAUACACGGUUAUGCAGUUGGGGACCAAGGAGGACAGGGUCACCCCAGUCGCAUUGUACUCCACUUUAGCUUGCUUCUACAUCAUUCUCUCUCACGUGUGCACGUGUGUUUGAUUUUGUGAAUUUAUGUACAGUAUAUACGUAUGUUCUGACUUACAUUGAAAAUCGGUUUACGAUGCGACGUGGGAACGUAACGUCGUAAGUCAAAGACCGCCUGUGUAUACGAUUGAGAUAAAUUGAGGCUGCACUGUUCUCAUUUCAUUGAUGUAAGCAUGGAGGAUAAAAGUUUGCCUGUUAGUCAUUUAUGUUGGCAUCUCAUCAGUAAUUAAAAUGAAGACUUUGCUGAAGUCUGCCAGCAUC